AUGCAGGUUCUAGAAGAUAUUUUACUUGCAGAUGCUCGAGUUCUAUCACCAUGGUUAUCAACAGCACUUUUUUAUCAACCAACAGCAGCAGUAACUUCUACAAAUUGGUCCCAUACCGACUUCACUCCAACUGAUUUAACCAAUUGCAUGAAAGGUGAAUCAACUCCGAGUGCUGCGACAUUAACGCCUCGAUCAUCAGCAUAUAUUUAUCAUUCUGCAUUGCAGGAUGCGUUGUGUACUAAUUUGCAUGGAGCAACUCCGCCACAUCCUGGCACUCCCUCAACAGUAUCAAUUCCCAGUCCACUCUUCUGUUCACCGUAUCCAUCACAGACAACACGAAUGUUUAUGGGUCGUCGAUAUAGUGAACCUACGCCAUUAAUGCCUCAUCAUUCUGGCACUGGAAGGCGCAAAAGUCGCGAAGGACAAGUAAAUUAUUUGUGGGAAUUUUUGUUGCGUUUGCUUCAAAACAAGGAAUAUUCGCCAAAAUAUAUCAAAUGGCUGGAUCAUAGUAAAGGAAUUUUUAAACUGGUCGAUUCGAAGGCUGUUUCACGUCUUUGGGGUUUGCAUAAGAAUAAGCCCGGGAUGAAUUAUGAAACAAUGGGUCGAGCUCUUAGAUAUUACUAUCAACGUGGAAUAUUGCAAAAAGUGGAUGGGCAACGACUUGUUUAUCAGUUUAUGGAUGUUCCUAAAGAGGUAUUUGAGGAACUCUGUGAAGAUCAGCAACGUAUCACCGUGAGUGGCAACGGUAAUUGUAGCAGUAGUAGGAGACAACUGAAGAGGGAAAACGGCUGUUUAAAUUUCAGUGAGAAGAAAAUUGUUGCCGAUAUAUCGCAGGAAUGA